AUGGGUCAUACUCCUAUAUCAUGGGGUGUAGACAUCGGUACACAUAUACAUACAGCAUGUACAUCUAGAAUUCCAAUCUGUUCAUUACUUAUACCAAUUCGAGCUGCAGCACGUGGUCGUGGUCGACGUAAUGCUUCAUGUCGACCAGCAGAAUCUUUGACGUGUCAACCAUCUGUUGGUGCGUUACCAAGUCCCAUCGAUUAUAGAAGGAAACUUGAACAAGAAGAUUAUGAAGUGAUAAUCUUUGAUAGCGCCAAAAAGGGUCUGCAGAGUAAACUAGAUUAUUCGGCUGUAAAAUUGAGAAAAAGACAACUAAAAUCACCAUAUCCAGAAUUAAUGCGUAUACGAGUGAAAGGUGAUAAGAAUAUCGAUGUUCGAUUAGUACCACCCAAAUAUACCUCAGUUCAUGCAUAUGCUGUAUUCAUUCUAGUUACGCCAAAUCAAUUAUUCGUAUACCAAGGGAAAUACUCUAGUUUACUGGAGAAGAGUAAUGCAGCAAUAAUAAGUACAAGUAUUUGUGAAAGAAACGAUAAAUUGGGAUGCAGUGCGAGGCACUUUGAAAAUGUUCAUGAAGGAAUAGGUACUGGCGCAUUUUGGCGGUUACUUGGAUUAAGUGAAGAAGAAUGUGAAGAUGCCACAAGAGAGGAAUAUGUUCCAGAAAAUCUCCUAAUCCUAGAUAAACCAUUUGAGAAUAUUGCCGCACAAGGCCAAGAACCGCCACUGUUCUUACGAUUAUUUCAAGGAUCACUAGUAGCUAUAUGUGGUUGUGGAUCAGGCAUUUUCCUUGUUUAUGGAUCUUCAAUUGUCAGUGAGGCUCGAAUGGAGGAACAAACUUUACCUAUCGUUUAUCGUGCUCAUGCUGUAUAUAUUGCAUUAAAUGAUAGGAAAAUAACAAUAUUGGAGGGAGUUGGAAAAGCAGUCAUUGACCGCUGUCAGUUGACUGGAACGGAAGAUUAUGCUGUAAUCGAAGCAGAUCACUGGAUAAAGCCGCCACGGUUAUUCCGGCUGUUUGAGAAAAAUGGUGAAGAACUGUUGCCAGCAAAUUGGGAUUCUUCUCUUCCAUUCUCAUUUCAACAGGACAUAGAUCAGACUAACAGACUGUGGGUUUGGAGCGAUAAGACGGUCAGUACAUUUGCAUUGCGUGUAGCUAACGCUUAUUGGUUUGGUCGGAGUGGUCCAAAGACAGUCAUUUGUAAAACACAAGAACCAGAUUCAUUCAAAGCACUCUUUGCUAAAUGGGAUGAUUUCGUUGAUGAAAUUGAUGAAAAUGAACCUAUCAGAGCCCACUACGAUGCCGAUCAAUCGAAUUAG